UUUCUUUUCCCGUGCCAGUGUUUUGGGCUUCUCGGCGUUAACGGGGCUGGGAAAACCACAUCUUUCCGCAUGCUAACAGGAGACACCCGCAUCACUUAUGGAGAAGCUUUUCUUAGCAACCACAGCGUUCUUACAGAAAUGGAGAAAGUUCAUCAGCUGAUGGGCUACUGUCCUCAGUUUGACGCCAUCAGUGACCUGCUGACUGGACGAGAGCACCUGGAGUUCUACGCUCGCCUCAGAGGAGUGCCAGAGGCUCACGUCGCAAAGGUGGCACAGUGGGGAGUGCAAAAGCUUGGUCUGAGUCAGUAUGCUGAGCGAGAGGCUGGGGGUUACAGCGGAGGAAACAAGCGCAAACUCUCCACCGCCAUUUCCCUCAUUGGAGCUGCACCUGUCAUCUUCCUUGAUGAGCCAACCACUGGGAUGGACCCGAAGGCCAAGCGCUUCCUCUGGAACUGCAUCCUUAGUGUGAUCAGAGAGGGGCGAUCUGUCGUUCUCACCUCCCACAGUAUGGAAGAGUGUGAGGCUCUGUGUACCCGAAUGGCCAUCAUGGUGAACGGCAGGUUCCAGUGUCUGGGCUCAGUUCAGCACCUGAAGAACAGGUUUGGAGACGGUUACACAGUAAUCCUUCGUUUGUCCACGCCAUCUACGGAACCUUGCCCGGUGGACACCUUCAUCCAGAACUCCUUCCCUGGGAUCCAGCUGAAGGAAAGACAUCAGAAUGUUCUUCAGUACCAGCUGCCAUCGCAAGCCUGUCCGCUCGCUCGUGUCUUUGAGGUUUUGUCAAAUAAUUACGAGGAGCUGGGGAUAGCGGACUACUCAGUGUCGCAGACUACACUGGAUCAAGUGUUCGUUAACUUUGCUAAAGAGCAGACAGACGAUGAUCAGCUCAGGGAGGUCACGGUAAACGGCGGAGGAUCCGUGGCCAUUCGAACCAACAGACCUCAGCGGCCCACGGACCUCAAACUCCAGAAAUCCAGCAGUUUUUCCAAUCCACGCUCUCCUUCAGCGCCCUCUAUAGAUCAAGCUACUCGCUCAGUACAAACCCCUGAGCCUUCAUUUACCGGUUCAAAGACCAAAAAGAGCAAAUCAAACAGUCUGUCAGUCUCAAGACCGCAACAGCAGGUCCGGAUGGAGCCUGUUGGCGAGGCAGCUAACGGAUCAAACCCCCAUGAAGACCAGACUCCUGGGAAAAAAGACCCAUCCACAUUGUUUAUUAUCAGUACCAAAACGCAAGAAAGCAAAGUGUGAAAAGACACAGAUAUUAAGAACUUAACAGUCAUGAUGUGGAUCACCAGUGAGUCAUUUUUGGUGCCUUGUUCACUUAUAGAUUUUCAAAAUGGACUGCAAUCAGUUAAUCAUUCAGUUUGGCUUUCCUGGCAAGUCAGCAAUUCCUCACCGAUUGUUUGUCCGGUUCUUACUCUGAAACUUGAGGAUGGCGCGUGCCAUCACGUAUUUGUAUUGUCAGGAAUUCUUUCCUAGACUCUUUAAUGAAUUAAUAAAUUAUGCAUAAUAUCACGGCCGUCGGUUGCUUUGUGCAACCCAAUUUGGAUAUGAUUUUUUCCCCUGAAUGUUACAUUUUAACAGACCUCUUUAUUUCUACAUGUAUGUAAAGGUCACAUGUGCAGUGCAGAGAUGGUGUCUGACACAAAAACUGCCUUCAUGUACUCUGCAUUUUUAUUUCCUGAUUUUUGUAUUGCUUUAGAUUUGUCUUUUUUCCUCUGAUGCACUUUAGCUCAAAACAAUUCUAGUAUUGUAGUCUGGAUUAUCACUGUGUCUCUUCACUGCAGUAAUUGUUACAAUGCUUGAUAUGUAGCCCUUUUUAUGUAAUAUUUAUUGUCUGUACAUACAGGAGAUAUUAUGUAUGAACUGAGUAAAGUGAAGUUUGAAUGUGGAGAUUGUAAUCAUCCCUAUGUGCAUGACGCUGGAUGUUAAAAUGCUGGGAUAUUUAUGUGCAAAUCUGUGUGCAUUAAUAAAUAUGUGGGUAGUGUGCAGA